GAGGGAUUGGGGGGGCUGUUUAUUCCGCUUCCGGGUGGGAGGUGAGGGCGGCGCGGGGUCGCCAUGGCGAGCAAUGCCGCCAGCCUCAACGCGGUGCGGGAGACGAUGGACGUUCUGUUUGAGAUUUCAAGAAUAUUAAACACUGGCUUGGAUAUGGAGACAUUGUCUAUUUGUGUGCGGCUUUGUGAACAGGGGAUAAAUCCAGAAGCAUUAUCAUCUGUUAUUAAAGAACUGCGUAAGGCUACAGAAGCUCUAAAGGCUGCUGAAAAUAUGACAGGCUGACAUGGGAGAAGACUUCUGUGUGAGAAGAAUGCCAGGUUAAAGUUAACAGAGGCUUUUAAGAUUGCCACUAUUCAGCAAAAUAAGCGUGUGUGCGAAGGUUUCAGAAUAUGUCUGUAAUCUGGAAAAGGAUCAUGUCUAGAAUAGGUUUGAAAAGUUUUUAAAUAAGUUCACGAAUAAGCUCAUUACUUGUUAUUUUUGUGAACUAUGUGUGAAUGUAGUGCAAUUACUCUUCUUUGGCAUCCUGUAUUUUUUAAACCAUGUGAGAUACUGCACGCUUGCUGAACUUACUAGUGCGUAGCAACAAAUAUUGUCACGAUGAGUAUAGCUUGUUAAUGCAUCCUUUAGAAGUGCUAAUAUGUCCUGGUUUUUAUCUUUUGUGUUGAUGAAAAACUGCAUGUACAAUUUUAGUUUUGCUUUAUGGACCAGACAUGAACAAAGCCCAUCCUGACUUUAUUUUAAUUAGAGUAAGGGUAGUGACUUAAGUCUCAAUCUGAAAGUAAGAAAUAAAGCACUUUUGAUAAUGUAGCUAAUGAAUUGUCUUUUUGAUUCAAAUUGCUGGAAAAAGUGGUUUUUAACUUGAAUAACAAAGGAACUUCAGUUAUCCAUGCAGAAAUGUAUGUAGAUUUAAAUUCUAGAUUACGUGGAAUGUUUUACUUAGUUCAGAUGCUAUGUUUUUUACAUUUGUUCUGACUACUAGACCUAAAAAUAUUAAGGCCAUAUUGUUACUGCCUAGUCAAAGCAUAUAUGAGAAGCGUCAGAUUUGGUUAAUGGGAAUCAAUGAGUCUGAGAACAAUCAUUUGGUAUGGGAAUAUCUUCUCAUUCAGCACUAGGAGUCUUUACUGAUGCCAAAAUAAGUGUUUACAGUGUAUACAGUAAACUGUUUAUCAUGUUACUUUCCAGUAAAUAUCCUUGCAUC